CGAGGGGGUGCUGCUUGCUGCUCGCAUUGUCUGUCGGGACGGUGGCGGUGAAUGUCUGCCUAACAGAAACGUUCGCUGGUGCCCAUUAAGGCUUAAUAGUGUAUGAAGUAGACCCUUACUGGAGAUAGAUUCGCAAACGUCAGUUAUCCUUUUUCUUCCUUCCUUCAUUCGUUGAGUUUCUGAAACGGUAAGACAAACCGACCCGAACUAGCGAGAGCGAGCGCUUGUUGCGUUCAGCCGGCAAGAGGAGGAGAGGAGCGGCGGAUCGGCGGAUCGGGCGAGGAUCGCACAGCCAAAGGCGGCCGAUGACUUCGGAGAGCAGCAGCCAAGCGCAACAGAAGGAGGAGGUCGAGACGGGAUCAGUCGCCCGAGAUCAAGAGGAGAAAACCGGCGAGGACCAAGGCGGCAUGGUGACCACCAAGGGGGCCGGUCUGAAUCCCAAUGCUAAAGUGUGGCAGGAAGUGUCUGCACCAACCACCCAGGCUCCAGAGGCAGCCACAGAGACGUGUCAUUGGCCACAAACAGAUACUGUUUCCACUGAGGAGUCAGAAGGUUUCAGUGAGUAUGGUGUUGGCUAUGGUGACUCUGAGUCAGCCCCUCCUAUGGAGAACAGCAUGUUGAAUGGCAUGGAGUCUGCAGAACUGGCUUACCCACUCUAUGAACCAGCGGAGAGUGAGACAGUCGAGGAGCAGCCCCUCCUGUCUGAAGAGAGUCUGAAGGAGUCACUGAAGAAGCAGCUGGAAUUUUGCUUCUCAAGAGAGAAUCUCUCCAAGGACCUUUACUUGAUGUCUCAGAUGGACAGUGAUCAGUUUGUCCCUAUUUGGACUAUUGCAAGCAUGGAGGGGGUCAAACAGCUGACUAGUGAUAUGGACCUGAUACUAGAGGUGCUAAGAGCCUGUCCCAUGGUGCAGGUGGAUGAAAAGGGUGAGAAGGUACGGCCAAACCACAAGCGAUGCAUCAUCAUCCUCAGAGAGGUACCUGAGACCACGCCUGUAGAGGAGGUGGAGGCCCUGUUUAAAAGUGAAAAAUGUCCGAAGGUUAUCAGUGUGGAGUUUGCGCACAAUAACAACUGGUACAUCACAUUCCAGUCUGACACUGAUGCUCAGCAGGCCUACAGAUACUUGCGUGAGGAAGUCAAAACCUUUCAGGGCAAACCAAUUAUGGCUCGAAUCAAGGCCAUAAACACGUUUUUUGCUAAGAACGGUUAUGGGGCCGUUGACUCUGGGGUUUACUCCACUCAAUCACAGUACUCGUCUCCAGUUUACCUGCAGCAGGUGUACCAACCUCCACAGCAGUAUCCUCUCUAUAGCCUCCUGCCGCAGACAUGGGCCCCCUCACCGACACCUUACUUUGAAACACCACUGGCUCCAUUUCCCAACAGCACAUUUGUUAAUGGCUUUGGCACAGCAGGAAACUACAAAACUGGCUCCUCUCCAAUCAGCCUUACGCGCAACUACCCCCGCAACCGGAAUCAUGUAAAGCCACAGCCUCGUGCUGACGUGUGUCAGCUGACAGAGACUUCGUCUGGUACCGGUAGUCCCCAGCCUCCAUGCAUGCCUACUUCAGACACCACUGCCUCCACCCUCACCCCACUCUCUGAACCGCCAGCUUCCCCCAGAGAGAACCAACACUUAGACCUCGGCACCAGUAGCCGGGCCAGGAGAGGAAGCUAUCGUGGCAUGAGGAGGAGAAGAGAUGAUGAAAGAACCAGGCCAAAUCCUGAAUCAGAAGUGAAAGCUCCACCCCCUAAGUUUGACCUCGCAACCACUAACUUCCCGCCAUUGCCAGGAGGUGUCCCGAGUCGGCUGCCAGGUGUGACCAUACAAACGGAGUCGGUGUUGGAAAAUCGCAUGGCAGAUGUAGUUAAGGGCAUCAGCAGGGACAAGGCACCGGAAACAAGUAAGCAAGAUGUCAGUCAAGAUCCUGGGACAUGUCCAGUGGAAGCUCAAUCGACUGGACCCUCUACUCCAGCACCAAAGCUUCCUGCCACAAAACAGGACACACCUUCCACUAGUACGUCAAAUCAAGUGAAGAGAGCUGAGAAAGAGGUCCAUGUCUCUGACACGCCUCCGGACCUUGAAUUGGUGAUUACAAAGCACGUCCAGCCCAUUUCUGCCCCCCAACCUUCACCCAGCCAGUCAAGCACUUCAUGCACUGCAUCUACACCACCUGUCCUAACAAGUGCAGCUGUCCAGGAGCCUCGGAAGCUGAGCUAUGCGGAGGUGUGUCAGAGGCCACCCAAAGACCCUCCCCCUGCACCAGCUGCCCCGCCCAGCCCCAGUCCCACUCCUUCUCCCACCACAAACCAACCACUACGUGAACUUCGUGUCAACAAAGCGGAAGGCCCAGCCUCAUCCCGCUGCAGUCCUGGUGAGAAACUGGAGAAAGGAAACGAGAGUCGGACGUCCAGAGAGCAGACUGGCCACCAACGUGGUAACGGCCCCAGAGGAUCAGGUUUUAAACUCAGAGAGCAACAGAGACGCCCUCUACAGGGUCGGCGCUCUUCUCCACAGAUGGGGUAUAACAGACGCAGUGGAAAAGAACAAAACAUCCCACCCAGAUCACCAAAGUAAUGCCUCGUAUGCCCACAAAACACGUGCACACUUGUGUGUAUGCUUAAAUACACAACUUAUAUAUAUGAAAUUUAAGAGUAUAUAAAUCUAUAUAUAAAUAUCUAUAUAUAAAUCUACAUAUGAAAACUGGACUGUCACACUGUGUUGUCAAAGGACCCUCUACUUUCCAAAUGACUGUGAUAUCUGGGAAGUUGUUCCUUAAAAAUACAGAAGAAAUCUAGGAAUUUAAGAUGAAAAACCUCUUAUACUUGAAAGGAGAAAUGGAGGCUAUGCUUCCUGUGUUAUCUGUGAUUUACAACAGUUAAUUAGCUUGUGAAUGAGUUUUGAUUUUAUUUGGAGUGUUUAAGGUCCUGGCACUAGUGAACAAUGCUGUACUUUUUUUUUUUUUUUAAUGCAUAUGAUGUUAUCUUUAAAUGAUAGUUGGUUAGAAAUUAAGCCAGCAAAUGUUCUCCAUAUGCAACAGAUCACACCAAGACAGCAUGGCAACACCCCACCAGUCCAUGAGGCAUGUGUGUUUUUUUUUUUUUAUUGCUUCCUAUGUUUGCACCAGUCCUAAAAGGGGCUGGGGGAACAAUUUGAUUCAGAUGUGAUGCUUUUAAAAAUGAUCGAUGCACAGUGAAUCAGAACUGUUUGUUGUUUAAUUUAUUUGAAAUGUGGUGAAAAGAUGAAACAAGAUAUUGAUACAAGGUUCCCACAAUCUUGGAACACCAGGAAAUUUUAAAAUUGAGAUUUGGAGAAAAGUGAGUCAUAUCUCCAUUAUCAUUAAUUCUUAAAAUUAAUUUAAUAUGAGCAGUCUGAAUUUUUUUUUCUUCCUAAAAAUGUAUUAACCUAAACAUGGUGGAAACUUGUUGAUAUUUGGCAUGUCAUUUAAAAAGCUCUCAGGCAGGUAUUAAGGGCAUCACAUGAUUUGUAAAGCAAAUCAGUUGUGCACAUUAUGCCAUUGUGUUGUAAUUGCUUCAUGACUGAAUCAAAACUAAAUUAUGCGGUGCCUAUAGAUUCUCACCCCAGUCUAAACCUGGAAAACAAAUGUGUGUACGUUGUUCAGACAAAAGAAUAGGGCAAUGUGUAGGUUUGAAGGAAACUGAGAGAAUGAACAAGAAGUUUUCAUGAAGAAAAGAUGAAAUCGAACUAGACAUCCAUUGAAAGAAGAUUUGGACGUUGCGGUGUAUAUUCCAGGUGAUUUUUGAGUUGGUGUGUCUUUUUGUAAAAUGUCAUGUGAUGUCCAGUGUUUCUGAAGGCUGGGUCUGUCAGUAACCGAAAGAUCAAGCUGCUUUAUUGAAAGAAUGAAUAGAAAUCCUUUGUGUAGAUGAGCAAAACCAGAGUUUGCCCUCCUGUCCCUUGGGAGUGCAAGUCUUGUUAGUGUUUUCUAGUGAUCAGAUUGUUUGUAGUGUCUGCUUUUGACAAUUUCAGUUUUAUUUUUUUUAUUUAUUUUUUACUUCAUCUGCUGUAGAUGCUGGUGACAAUAAUCAGGUUGGAUUUUAUGCUCUCAGAGUUAGUGUGCUGCUUCAGAAUCGCUGUUCAUGUCGUCUGUGUUAUUGAGUCCGUCUGUUUUUCUUUGUAUGUUUGUUUAAUGAUAAUCUGUAUGUGAUGCUUGUGUUUAUGCCUAUACAUUUCAGGUAUGAUUCCAUGUAAUAUACCUGCUACAGCACUCAUAGUGUACCCGUCAUCCAUCUCAUGUCCACUUUGGUAAAAGAGAGGGAACUCAGGACCUCAGAGGAAAUCAGUGAUGUGUAUGACUGCUAAUUUUGACCAAUGCUUACUGCAGUUUUUUUUUUUUGUAAUUGUAGCUUUUUAAAUUCAGUAACCACAUUAAACUGUUUUAGGGGUCUUAAGUUUUAGUUAAUGUAUAUUUGAACGUUUUAAAAAAAUGUUUAAUCCAUGACACUGUAAUGCAUGAUUCUCUUCUCAAUUUGUUUUUCCUCCCCUCCUUUUCGUCUCAAUCACAUGUAUGGAUGGGCUGUGCACAGAUCCAGACCAAAGUCAAAUCAGCAGAGAGACAAUCUCAGGAAGUGCUGUUUAAAUGCAGUAGAUCCUCUCUCACUCCUCUCUUAUUCUGCCAUGGGCAGGGCCACCGUUGAAUGAGUGAGUGAUAAAAAUUAUGAUUGUUGAUUAGUGAGUUGAACAAUUUAUGUUUUAGUUUUAUGAAACUUUGUGUGUAGAACCUUAUAAAGGUCUCCUAUGAACAAUUUCUCAAAAUCCCCUACUUUCUAUUUGACUGUUUCAGACGAAAGGAUGGAGGGAAAGUUCAUGCAUCAGCAUUUUUUUUUUUUAAUUGUCUGUUUCUUUUAACUUUCUUGCCCUAAUGUGUGUUUCUUGCCCUAAUUAGUUUGAGAUGUUUUCAGAUUUUUGUUUUCUAUAUUUGGCGAUUAUUAUCCAUUGGCGCAAACUAUUUUGAAACUGUGCCACUAAAAUUAGAAAAAAAAUCAGUGGACCUGGUUUUAUUUUAAUUUUUUAUUAUUUUAUCUGAAUUAAUGGAUUUGAUUCAUAACUAGUUGAUGAAAUGAAAUGUAUUAUGUAUGUUUGCUAAUCUCAUAACCUGUAUAGGCUGUAAGCUUUUUAGACAUGAAAUGGUGCAGUUACGAGUAGCAAGUCUUUAGCCAACAAAAAAAGGAAAGGAAAACCAAGUAUUGACCUAUUCAUUUUACUUGUAUAGGGGGAUAGAUAUAGCAACUGCUGAGUGAAAUGUUUUGGAUGGUAUUGUAGAUGUUCAAUGAAAAAAAGAAAGAAAAUGAAAGAAAAAAAUAAAUGAUUUUAAUCUGC